UCAGCUUCAGAGGUAAACAGGAUACGGAAUAGUGAUGCAGGAGCUCGAGUAUCUACAGUUAGUGAAUUUGUUCACACGACUGCCAAAUGCAGAACAUCUCCAGUCUCUAAUUCCUCUUUCCAUCUCACUCAGCUGCAAUUUCACCACAGUCAAAGUGAUGUCAAUGGAAGAAUGGUUUGACACACUCAGUUUACUGGAGUCCGACUCCGAUGAUGACUUUAGUAGCGUUCAUGGAGAUAAUGGCCCAUUUACAAAUGGAAGAGUUCUUCAUUACGAAGUAGAUAGCAAGAGUAAUCUUAAAGAGUUGUUCUCAAGCAAAGAUGGAGUAAUGCUAAUAGAUGCCCAAAGAAAAGGGCAUCCUGGCUUAGUGCAGAGUGAAGAUUCUGGUGCGGUGAAGACACUAAACUAG